AUGAAAAAUGCAAAAAGAUUCAGUUGGUCUGAAUAUUUUGGCAAUAAAGGUAAAGUAGAUCGAACUCUUAAUGGAACAGCAUUCUCUGAUACUACAAGUACUAACAAUUAUUAUGUUUUUGUUUGCAACUUUGAAGAUUAUACGGAAAAAGGUGCAAUUUAUAUCAAAAGAGGUAACAAAAUAUACACAUUGCUUGAAGAUUCUGCUUUUAAUAGAUGCAAAUCCACUUCAGAAGGUGGAUUUGUUUACUAUGACUGCCCUCAAUUAGGACAUUUUAUUCAACAGCGAAAUUGUUAUUUUGAAUCAAUAGCAAAUGAUCACAUGGCAUUUUAUCAAUUAGUUAAAUCUUCUCCUACAAAUAAAAAUUAUGCUUUUGAUAUUUCAGUUUCAAAAUGCGGGGAAAGUGAAUCAAAAGGAGCUUAUACAUUUACAAUUGCAUUUGGUGAUGUCCAAAUUAAGAAUAACAAUAUCACUUACAACAAAUGUUUAGAUCGUUCAUCAACAUAUUGUUACCUUUCUGGAAAAUCAGGUUACAGUAAUUUCUCAACAUUCAGAGAAAACAACCAAACUUGGGGUGAAUCUCUUUCAUUUUACAGUUCUGUUAAUUCAUAUACACAUACAGUUUCUUAUUGCAAUGUUAUUGGAAAUAAAUUCAGAACAGGCAGUGAUCAAGUUCUAUUUGAUUGUACUUACAACACUACUGUUGAUCACUGCGUAUUUUUAAAUAACACUGCAGCAUAUAUGUUUAAAGUUUAUACAGAAGGUUGUACAUUGACUAUUACUGAUUCAUAUGUUCAAUCAAAUUCAACAACAGGACCAGGAACUGUUAAAUUUGAAAAAGACAAAUCAAAUUAUGAUCCAAUUAAUAUUUCCCAGUUUUCUACAGAAAAUUGUUACAUUGAACCAAAAGUAUUCGGUGUUAAAAUUUCAUAUUUUUCUGUUUUUGCACAAAUUUCUCCUGCAUUAUUUUCUUCUAAAUAA